CGCCCGGAAGCGGUCCCAAAUACUCAAGAUGGCUGAUCUGGAGGCCGCAUUGGACGUUACGAGAAAGGCCAUUUCUAGAUCUCAUACGAAAGGCAAGCAACAACACGCGAACACCGUGGAGCAAGUUGCAUCUCAUUUGAUCCUACUCAAAUCGAGCACGUUGUCCUCAGCAGCCAUAAAGAAACUUGUGCAACUCUUCCGUCGACCAUUAGUGCCGCUAUACUCUGCAUUUCCUCUCCCAUCUCUCCAGCUCUCUGGGGCGAUUUUCCACAAGAUUUAUCACGAAAAGUUCUUGGCCGCCCUCGGACAGCAGGCACAUGAGCAGAAAACGCAUGCGGAGAACAUAUUGAAUUCUUUACUUUCCGGUGUUCUGGAUUUUCUUGAUGAGAGUGAGACCGGCUCGUCAACAGAGAAGAGCAAGAGAGUCAAGGCGAAAGAUGCUAUCGGCACGGCUCUAUACCCGGCCCUUUGCGAAAUCUGCUUCUCACUCUCCGCACCUAUGAUAGGUGUAGAGCUGAGAUGUACCGCAUAUGCCCUGCUCUCCGAUUCCGCCGCUGCACACACGGCUAACCAGCAGAGGCUGCGAGAUCCGGCCCUCCUCGGAGGGGAGCGCCUCGGAAAUGCAUUCUGGAGGACCAAAGACUUCCUGCCGAUGGAGAGCCUGCUGAACAUCUUUGCUCGCAUCCUUCCUUCCACGAAAGAAGCAGGUUCCAGUCGCGCCAAGCGCUCUGCGUUCAUCCGUUCCGUCUUCGUAUGUCCGCAGCUACCUGAGACCGCCGAUGCUGGCCAGAAAGUAGCCGAGCUGCUCGAAUAUGUACCCUCCACGGAGUGGGAGGAGACGUCGAGGAGGAUUGUGGAUGUCGUUGCUGCGGCCAGCCUUGCGUUCCCACAGCCCUUCGCGGUCAACGAAGUGUAUGCGUGUGAGCAAGCCAUGCAGUGUGAUAGGCUGUAUGUAGACGACAAGACACUUGUAGCGAACGUCCUCGUAGGGGAUGACCAAUGUGAGGCGCUAGAGGUUCCUUUCUCAAGCGUGCGGAAAAUCACGAUCGAGAGCGAUAACGAGGCUGCCGGUUCCGAUACUCGAGCCGUCAUCGAAAUAAGCGAACCCCCGAGACUCGGUAAAGAAUCGGUGCUCAAGAAAGUUCGGAGAGAGGAGCACACGCAGUGGACAUUAGAGUUUAAGUUUGGCAAGACUGACCUAGCUCGGUUCACCAAGGCAUUGCAAAACAGGAAACUCGGGAAGUAUGUGAAGAAUUGCAUUCCGCCAAAGCUCUCUUUAGCGAAGUCGGCUACCGUCCUUGACUUUGAUCAUAAAGGGCAGCCGGUCAAGGAAUUGAGUCAGUCUGAGCGGAUCGAGAACGUUGAACAGUUUUAUCAUACGAACCAGAGCAGUGAUGACAUCCAUGCGACAUCAAGAGAUGACGCUGCUGCAAUCAGCAAGGAUCUUACAUUUCCCCUGCAGGACAUUUCGUCUGCAAGCGGCAAGAAGACCGUCAUGAAGGCCCUUUACGACGAUUCCACAUUGACUGGACGACCUCACAAUGCUGUUGCGCCCUCAAAAGAUAAGGCGACCGAACUGCAAACUCCUCAGUCUGCUUCUGACCACAAUGCUGAAUCCCGCGAUGUUUCUCAUGCUCCCGCUGCGCAGGCUGUAGUCUCCAAGCCUCUUUCUACAAGCCCUCGAUUGUCCAAAGAAUCAUCUUCGAAGGCCUCUGGAGCGUUGAAACGUACUGAGUCUCAGAUAAUGCGUCAUGAAGUCUUUGGUGCUAGCGACGAAGACCUAUCUGAUUUCUCUGAUAGUAAUUCUGUGACCGCUGCUCUGCAGACUGUCAGGCGAUCUCCGAGGAUCAAGAUGCAGUCAUCUAACAAGACUAUUGGAUCUGUCCGCAACCCAUCUUCGGCUUCGCGCACAUCUCAUGCUCGAUCUGCUGGUGGUAGACGGAUUAUUGAUUCUGAUGACGAGAUAUCUGCUAUUGCGCCUAUCGGAAACAUCAAGAGCAACAAGAUUCGCCGCAAAAAGAUGGCUAUUUCGCGCACGAAUGACGAUCCUGAAUGCGACCCUUCACCAACACUGGCGAAGGAGAAUCUUGUUACUCCGAUACACGGUAGCGCUCCAUCUCCUUCAGUUUUCGUGACUCCGUCAAAACCAUCUCUGGGACGUGUGCUCUCUCAAUUGGUACUCCCUAGUUCUCCGUCGUCCUCUCCCGGACAUCAAGCUGCAAGUGCUCCAGCAAGAAAACCGUCUGAAGCGGUUGUGAAUUGCGACGGCUCUGCCAUGCGCUCUACCAGAACGAACGCCGAUCGCACCUUAGAAAUGCCUGACCAUAUCUCGGAUGUCUCUGUCCCCGCUGCUGAUGUGACCCCUUCUGUUUCUCGUCUAAUCACUACCAAGAUGCCGAAGCCGGUUUCUGUGGGUGCAAUGAUACAGGACGAGCCUCCCCUUUCACCAGUUAUGGAUCAGAUGGCACGUAGCAAGACAGCUAAGAAACCGUCCCUGGCUGAUAUGAGCGAUCCAAUCUCCGAAUGCUCUUCUCCCGUCCCUGUCCCUGAGCGCAAGGUUGAACGCAAGUCGCUGAAGGCGAACCUCCGGAAGAAAGAUCAGGCGCUUCCAGAUCAAACAAAGGCUGCAUCCCAUGUCAAAGCAUCCAAGAGGAAAAGAGAUACUGCGAUUGAUGCGCAUCAUCAUCUCGAUGUUUCGAACUCUGAUCAGAUAGAACUCCAGCCUCCUCGCGGGAAACGACCCCGAAAGAGUGAUGCAGAACUCACUCCAGCGGUUCCUCCAGAGCGGACAGAGUCGCAGGUGCUCCGACCGCGGGCGACAGCAGCAACCCGAGCCAAGAAGAAGUAUCGUGGCCGGAAGGACCGCACUUCAUCACCGGCAUCGGCUCUGAACCAGAUUGACUACGACGAGUUACCCAAUGGUCCGCCCGUGGAACAAAGUAGUAGUACUCCUUCGUCUCGCCUGUCCGCUCAAGCGGUGCAUGAUAAGGUGAAGGCUGCAUGCGAAAAGGCGGAAGUCUCACCUGCAGCACCUGCGCGGAAACCCCGUGCAGCGGCGAAGAAAAACAAGGAGAACCAGCCUCUUCCCAUCAAAGCAGUCUCGGACAAUUGCGAAGUACUGGACCCGCUUCUAGAACAGACGGCGGAGAUUGGUGCUCUACAGGACUCAAGUAGGAGCGAAAGGCGAGAGACAACUCAACAGCCGACCAAGCCUGCUGCGAGGAAGGACGGCAAGGACUCUCGUACCUCUGAACUGAAAUUAGAACCCGCUCGCCCUCGGCGACGUCCAGCGGAAGCUCAGAAGAAGGAACCAAAUUCACCCUCCGUAGCGCUCUCAAAGCCGAGAACGCGCAUCAAUGAGAAAAGCGAGGUGCAUUCAGCGAUACUCGAUGCGGCUGCGUCAAAGGACAAGAAGCCCCUCAAAGCACCGUGGGCAGAUUUCAACUUCUCAGCAUCUCCUCACCGAAAUGUCAUGACUGAUAUACGAGACGAGGACCUUGCUAAUAAUGUAGACGUUGGCGAGCAGAACGACGUACAAGAAAUUGACGUGCUCCUACCUCCGGCGGAACUUGCGCGAAAUCAAUCUGAUCCAAACCGCGCGAAUGACACAUGCGACAUCGAGCUAGUUGAGAAUACCAGCGAGAUCAACGGGGAUGGACACAUAUCUCCACGAGAGGGAGAGUAUCAAGCAUCCGCGACGAGAUCAUCUCGCGGCGCUGUCUCUUCUCGCCAGAAUACACGAGAACAUGAUUCAGCGGUUCUCACUGCUGAAGAAGAAGACCUCACCCUUGUCGAUGUGGUUAAAUCCGUGCUGAAGCAACAGCACACUCAGUUGAAAUAUGAUACUGUGUCACACGCGCAGAAGUCGCGUCAGCCGCCUAUCCUGAAGUACACAAAGGAGCAGACCGAAACGAUUGAUCUAACUGAGGACAGCCCAUUCGCAAAGGUGCCAACGAAGAAGAAACCGUCCAGAGCUUCGCCCAAACUCGACCUCCUUGACCUUGACUCGGUGGAAAUUUCGACUUCAACGCCAUUCAAGGUAGUCACGCUGCCGGAAAGGGAAGUCUCUCCUGUCCCGGCGAGGAAAUCGCGACCAAAGCAUUCGGUGACGUUCGCAACGACCAUAGAGGAGCACUAUUCGUCUCCGGAUGAUGAAGAACUCACUCGACGCGAUGCCCCGAGUGGUGCUUUCAUUAAAAGCAAACUGGACACUGCAUUCUCUCCUAGCUCAAUCAUCAACAAAGGCGCCUCAACGAAGGAUUCCAAGCUGGAUCAAGGCAGCAGGAGUAUGAAUGCACGAUCCUCGCGCCAAACCAAGGAAGCAGGAAUCCAAGACAUUGUCGACGUUUUGGACGAGAUACAACAGGCUAUUCUGCGAAAAGUCACUCAAAAGUUCGAUGGCGUCCGAGAGGAAGUACGACAUGGCCGGGACGCACUUAUCGCCGACGCGACAAACGAUCUUCUCGAGAUGCGCGCAGAGAGUGUGAAUCAUUUCAAUCACCUCAUUGAUCUCGAAGCCGAGUAUGCAAAAUUCGGGCGUAUCACCACGAGCGGUUUCGAGGAUAUGCGCAAGUUGAAUGAAGAGAUCUGCGUGAGUAUCAAGAAGACGAUUGAAGGACACGACCGCAGCUCGCUGUCGAAGAGGAUGCCCAAGAUGGGCUCGUUGCCCAUCAUCAUCCAACAGAACUUUCAGCGAUGAUGUUGUGCCAGACCUUCCAGAGGAAUGAUGCUUCGCUUUGUACUUGCUGUGAAACGUGCUUUUGGCUGCUAUGCUUAUCCGUUCAAAUUACUGGACACUUUACAUUGAACGUAGCAAGUGCGAGCCAUAUCUUGUGUCUCUAAUUCGUCGCAACGUGAAUACUUGCUGAUUUGCCGUGAUAUUGGCGUUUGAACACGUGUGUCACACUUAUACCUCAGAUCAAUAUCGCGUU